GCUGGACUUCAACAGCAUGUUUGCGGGUCCCUCGGAGGUGGGCGUUGAGUUCAAGUAGUGGAACUACACGCACCGCUUGUGAAAGUCCUGCCGCCGCCUUUGCAGAGUCGAGGAACACCGGAUUUAAUUCUCCCGGAUUGUGUCUAAAUUACCGUCCAGACAGGCGGACAGCAGUCGUGCUGGUCAAGAAUGGCUGCACUGCGUCGUCUGAGGCAGUGCCACCCCACGGGCAUUGCCAUCUCUCCUUUUCACACGGCCAGCCGUGCCUUCGCCAAACAGCACUAUAAAAUGCUGGUCGUCGGAGGAGGAAGUGGGGGCAUUUCAAUGAGUGCAAGAAUGAAGAGGAUGCUGGGAGCUGAGAAUGUGGCUGUUGUGGAGCCCAGUGAGAUGCACUACUAUCAGCCGAUUUGGACCUUGGUUGGCGCUGGUGCAAAAACUCUAACCUCAUCAGGCCGUUCUACUGCGAGUGUUAUGCCCUCUGGAGUGAAGUGGGUGAAAUCCAAAGUUCAAGAAAUAAACCCAGACACAAAUACCGUCCGCACAGACGAUGGGAACGAAAUCUCCUACGAGUAUUUGAUUGUGGCUCUUGGUUUACAACUCCAUUUUGAGAAGAUCAAAGGACUGCCUGAAGGAUUUGAACAUCCAAAGAUUGGGUCAAAUUACUCGGUCCAAACUGUGGAGAAGACGUGGAAAGCACUGCAGGACUUCAAAGAAGGCAACGCUGUGUUCACUUUCCCAAAUACUCCUGUGAAAUGCGCGGGAGCGCCACAGAAGAUUAUGUACCUAUCGGAUGCCUUUCUCAGAAAAACAGGAAAAAGGGCAAAAGCCAAUAUCAUAUACAAUACAUCGCUACCUGUGCUCUUUGGGAUCAAGAAAUAUGCAGACUCAUUGUGGGACAUCGUGAAACAACGUGACCUACAAGUCAACCUGAGGCAGAACCUGAUUGAAGUGCGUGCAGAUAAGCAAGAAGCUGUGUUCGAAAAUCUAGACAAACCAGGCGAAACCAAAGUGCUUGAGUAUGAAAUGCUUCAUGUCACACCACCAAUGGGACCCAAUUUAGUGGUUCAAGGCAGUCCACUGGCGGAUGAGGCCGGCUGGUUGGAUGUCAACAAGGACAACCUCCAACAUAAGAGAUAUCCAAACGUGUUUGGGAUUGGCGACUGUACCAACUUGCCCACCGCCAAAACGGGUGCAGCUGUCGCUGCACAGACUGCCAUCUUGAACAGUACCAUCAGCAAAGUACUGAAAAAUGAGAAGCCAGAUAAAAUAUAUGAUGGCUACACCUCGUGUCCCUUGGUUACAAGCUACAACACAGUGAUUCUUGCAGAGUUUGACUACAAUGGACAACCGCUGGAAACAUUUCCCAUCAACCAAGCGAAAGAAAGAAGAACUAUGUACCAUAUGAAAGCUGAUGUGAUGCCUCACCUUUAUUGGCAUGGGCUUCUGCGGGGCCUGUGGGGGGGACCAGGACCAUACAGGAAACUCUUUCAUCUUGGAAUGAAAUGAAAAUCCAACAUCGGUAUUCAUCGGGGAACCUUGUGCAACUCCAUGCCUGACUUUGGUGUGCGUGGAGGAUUCAUCGUUUAUAUGUACGAACUGGGAUCAAUCUGAUAAAUAGGACUUAAACCAGUCUAGUGCGGUUCCUUUAAUGCCAAUCAAAUGUUCUAGUCUCUGUAGGGAAAGAAGUGACAUUUAAUCUUAUCAUUCAAGUGUGGCGAUAAUAUUUGUGGCCGGGACAAUAAGUUUGGUGAAUAUUUACAUAUGUAGGUUUAGUUAAACCUGCAGUAGGAGUUUCAUUGUUAUUACUUUGAAAUAAAGUGACUUCUUGGAAUGAGUGCAGAAAAGAAACACUUGAAAAUUAACACUUAACUCUGCAGUUCUUUGUAGCUUUUAGUCGCUAUCGGUCAAUCAUUGGAGAUUUGUCAAGGAGUCUAACAAAGGUUUGUAUAACAUUCUUUUAUUUGCAACCCUUGGUGCACCAGUAUUUUAUAAGACAUUAGGUUUCACCGAAGUAUCUACUGUAGUUCAUGGUUUUUUGAAUGGUCAUAUGAACAACUUGAAAUGUUGUGUUUUGGUACAUUACAUUACAUUGUAUUUUGUUUUUGCAGAAUUUGAAGGGAUUCCCAACUCUACAGCUUUAAUCAUUUUCAACCAAUCAUUAAAAACAGUGUUGACAGUAGUCAUUAAUGACAUACAAAUAUACACAAUUUGUUGUGUAAUCAUCUGAAAGAGUAUAUUGGUGCGAUUUAAAAAAAAAAAAAAAUGUUGUCUCCAGCCUAAAUGCAAAAUGUGUGUUUUUGUGUUAAUCAUUUGUGCUAUCAAACAUUUUAUACCAGUGAUUGUCUUUGGGAAUGCUUACUAUGCAAAUACAAAGUGCUCUUCUUACACUUAAACAUUCAUGCUGGAAAUAGAGUGUUGUGCAUUAUUUUUUCUAUGAGUGCUUAACUGAGUUAAAAACAUCUUGGGGGUUAAACAGUCAGGGCCAAAUUCAUUGUUGUAUUAAUUACUCUUCAAUUAUAAAAUGAAUUUACACUUCUAAACCCACUGUAAUUAAGAUGAUUAAAAAAACGGAAAUUGCUCUAGUAUAGUUUCAA